AUGGACGCUGUGGAAGCGAAAAGUCUCCGCGCGGCAGUGCAGCCAGCUACUUCCUUCGCAAACAUGAAGUGGAUUCCGGAAGCGCACGAACAUAGGACCGCCCACGCCGUCCUGCUCGAACAGUGCCGAUGCCAUGUCUUUGAACUACUAUCUGCAGUCUACAAGUCACACGUUCCGAUACAACCGCAACGACUGUCUGAGGCAGAGCGUCAGGCUCUAGCAGAUCUCAGCCAAAAACAGGCCAAGUCCGCGAAGAUUGAGGAGUGGAAACGGUUGCCUCUUGAUACAGACAAACAUAGGCACGAGUGGUGGUCGAGAAGAUGCCAAUCUAUGUUUUCAUCAACUCAAGCUGGGUCCACUCGCUCUUUACAGGAUGCCAUGAGUCCGCAGGACACCUGGGUGGAUGCGUCGCCAUUGUCGGUGCAAUUCGAAGAUACUCAGACGUGUACAGCCACAAGGCCGUCAUUCUCAGACUUGUCGCAAACAGCAGACCCAGCUGUAUCGUGGCAGCAGUCUCUGAAUGUGGAUCUGUCUGGGACGGGAGUGAACUUUGAUGAUAGUGUUCCCUCCAAGUUCACAUCGUCUUCGACGAGCAAUCUGGGUCAAGACGCGUCUGAUAUUGCAAAAGCAAGUGCUCAAUUAUCUGUAGCUGAUAACAGCCAAGUAUUGAACGCAGAGCGAUGGCGUAAAUAUUUUUAG